CAGCGCUGAGCRGGCGGCAGCAGCGGCGGUACCGGCRUCAGGAACRGRGCGACCGCGGCGGCAGCCACCAUGGUGAAGGAGACGGAGUACUACGACAUCCUGCAGGUGAAGCCCAAUGCCUCCUCCGAGGAGAUCAAGCGCGCYUACCGCAAGCUGGCGCUGAAGUACCACCCCGACAAGAACCCCAGCGAGGGAGAGCGGUUUAAACUUAUAUCCCAGGCAUAUGAAGUUCUGUCGGACCCAAAGAAAAGGGACCUCUAUGACCAGGGUGGGGAGCAGGCUAUUAAAGAAGGAGGCCUGAGUGGCGGCAGCUUCUCUUCACCCAUGGACAUCUUUGACAUGUUCUUUGGUGGUGGAGGCCGAAUGAAUAGAGAGAGAAGAGGCAAAAAUGUUGUGCACCAGUUAGGUGUAUCUCUUGAAGACUUAUAUAAUGGUAUAACAAGGAAACUGGCUCUGCAAAAGAAUGUUAUUUGUGCAAAGUGUGAAGGUUAUGGCGGAAAGAGAGGGGCAGUGGAAAAAUGUCCUGUGUGUAAAGGAAGAGGGAUGCAAGUUAUAGUUCAGCAGAUUGGACCUGGUAUGGUGCAGCAAAUCCAAACUGUGUGUCCAGAAUGCAAAGGCCAAGGUGAAAGAAUAAAUCCAAAGGACAGGUGUGACAACUGCAAUGGCUGUAAGGUUGUAAGAGAGAAAAAGAUCAUAGAAGUUCAUGUUGAUAAAGGUAUGAAAGAUGGUCAGAAGAUAGUAUUUCAUGGAGAAGGUGACCAGGAGCCUGAUUUGGAGCCUGGUGAUGUCAUAAUUGUGCUUGAUCAAAAAGAUCACAGUGUCUUUCARAGACGAGGGCAUGACUUAAUCACAAAAAUGAGAAUUCAACUCUCGGAGGCUUUAUGUGGUUUCAGAAAGACAAUUGAAACUCUGGACAACAGAGUWCUUGUCAUAUCUACCAGGCCAGGUGAAGUGAUAAAACACGGUGACCUAAAGUGCAUCUACAAUGAAGGGAUGCCUGUCUACAAAUCUCCAAUGGAUAAAGGCAGCCUGAUUAUACAAUUUUUGGUUCAGUUUCCAGAGCACUACUGGCUUCCAAGGGAAAAACUGUCUAUGCUGGAGGCCCUGCUUCCUUCACGAGAAGAUGUUAUGGUUACAGAUGAGAUGGAUCAGGUAGACCUUGAAGAUUUUGAUCCAAAUGAGCAAACGUACCGUAACAGUGCRGGAGAAGCCUAUGAAGAAGAUGAGGAGGGUCCAAGAACAGGAGUACAAUGUCAGACAUCUUAAAGCAAGGUGGAGGUGGAUGUCAUCUAAGAUGUAAAUUUUCACAAUGAAAACUGCAUGGCUGUAAUAGCCACUGCUUGUGGUUUUUGUGUUCAGCAAAUUGAGUUGCUGCGCUGUCAGUAUCACCUUUUUGUAACUAAUUUAUAUUGUGUUCUUGUAGUCUUUCUAUAUAAAGCAAAUGUCAUACAGCUGAGAACCAGCUGAGUUGGUAUACAUUUUCUUUGCUGUGAAGGUUCUCAGUUUAUUUCACCUGUAAGACUUUGGCAAUAUUGAUAGAGGCUAAGUGGAGUGUCUUAUGUAAAUACUUUCAUACUGGAAAAUUAAUUUCAUAGAAUAAAACAUAGCAGAAUAACUUCUAAUAAAUAGUACUUCACCUUUUCUCAUGCUUCUCUUGUACUUUCUAAGCCACUCUAGAACCCCCUUUAUUUAAGUAAAUUUUUUCUAAGCUCAGACUCCUCACCUAAUCUAGAUUAUUCUCAGUAUUCAACUCUCUGUUAGCUGCACCACUUGUACCUGUCUCAUUUUGUAUUUCAGAAGCAUUUUGUGCAUGCCUCCCUCUCUGCCUCAUAGCCCUGUUCCUGUGUUCUGUGGGUUUACAGUAGCAUUCCUUCAGCUGCUUCUCUGUGUAAGUGUGACUUACAGUUACAAGCUGUCCUCUAAUGUGUUACAGACAGGCAAAUACUUCCAAAUAAAAGUUUGACCUUUCAGAAGUUCAAGCUUUGUAUUUCAGCCUUCCCUAGAAAGGGUUUUUACUUCCUCCUAGGCAUUGUAUACUUGUGCCUUAAUAUAAUGAAUAAACCAAAAUCACAUACACUGGGUAUCCUGCUGCUGUUUUAUAACAUCCAUGAUACCACACUACAGUGAUAACAUUAAAGCUUUUUUUCCUUUCAUCUUUUCUAGCAGUGUUUGUAUUAAGUCGGGUUACAAACCUCUGGUACUCUUUAGUGAAAUUAAACCAUGAUGCAUGAUCUCUGUGUGCCACACAAUUGUUGAAACAGGUGUUCAGCUUAAGUGAUCAUCUUGCACUCACUGGGAUAACAUCAAGACAAGCCCAGGAUUUCAUUUCCCAUAGCUGAAGCACAGCCUCACUCACUUUCCUUCUGCUAAAAUAAGCUGCUGUGAGACUUGGCCUAUGCUUUCCAGCCCUGGUCUAUUUAUGUUYAAAGGCAGGGGCGAUUAUCUGAGCAGUUAUUUCACCCAUGACUCCAUACUUCCAAAAAUACAUUUUUCCAAGAAUUAACCAAGAGGACUUAKAGUUGUAGCUUUUAUUUUAAAAAAGUAAGACUUUCUCUCAUGCUAAACAGAAUCAAAAUUCGAUACAAACAUACGUGAGUUUACAGAUCAGUAUGAAAUGCUUUUAUCAUACUAAAAAAUUACAUAGGACAGUAGCAGUCCACAAGAGUUUACAGAAGCAGCUGUGUCAAGACAUUUAWACUGGACAGUCAUAAAUAUGAAUUUCUUGGUCAUCACCAACAGACACAAUUUUGGACCCAUUUCCAUUGUAUUUCACUCCCCAAACCUGUAAAUAAGACAAACACAAAUUUAGCAAGUGAGGACAAAGAGAAAUCAUCUUUGUGGCAGUCAUAACAAGCGGMAGAGGAAGGAUUAUUUAAAGUCACUUGAUUAGAGCUGGUGCAGUUAUGGCUUCUGCUUUAAGAGCAGCUCAGGCUGCUGCAGCAGAGCAGCACCACUGCCAUCUAGGAGCCUGAGGAGUUCUUACACCCACUCCCACUGACAGUGGCUUACACAAUCCMGACAUACUUGAUCAAGGCUGAAAAGUCCUCCCCCAGUCUGCAUAAGUCAAGCAUUUUCACUCUUGCCCAUCCUCCAGCCCUUUCUGAAAAUAGUAUUUUAUGGUGCAGGAAAACAAGGAAGUAUUUGUCAUGCAGACUGACACAUCAUGACAGACUGAAGAAUGAUCUGGUUUAUCCUUGAGCUGUUUCAGCCAGCCAUUUACCUAUCCAUGCAAAACUUCAAAAAAUUCAGGUCAGUUUUCUGAUUUAACAGUUACACAAGCUCUUAAGUGACACCCAUCUCCACCAGAAUGACAUCAGGAGGGGUGAAGGCUACCCAGCACAUUAAUGUGAGACUACAGAAUGGUGAMUGCAGUAUGGUUUGGGCAAUCUUGUGCACUAUUUUGCAUUUAUACCAAAACCCAGCAUUCCCAAUAGCUGAUAUAUCUCUGCUUGCCACAGUCAUGAGACCAUGUACAACAGGUAAAACAACAGGGGAAAUCAAAUCCCACUUGGUACUUCAAUAUGAAAACCCCCAUAGCUGUAGAGAGCUGGAAAGAAGGUUACCAGCAGAAAGGUACAGGGAAGAAAGAGCUCCAAUAAAAUCAGGUAGAAUAUCCUUUGUUUCUUGCUCCGUGAUUUAUUAAAAUAUAACAUUUUUCUGUUUAUCACCUAACAUUUGGAGAAAGAGUAAACGGGUAGAAACUUAACUCCUUUUCUCACAGGUAGUUGUCACUGAGCAAUAAAUGAAAACCCCACAGUAUUACAGACACUGGAGGAGGAAUACGUCCCAAGUUUCAAGGCUGCUUUCAAGCAUCUGUUUAGAUAGUUCUAUCAUUUUAAGUAAGUAUUUCCACCCUUACAUAUGCACAAGCUGUGUAAGUGACAGAAAUAGAAAUAAGUAAGACCAGAGACAAAGGCAACAAACAGUCUGGUAAGACUUUUGUCACUUAGGAUUGGCUUUAUUUGAGCCUGAAAAAUGUUCAUUACUUAAAGAGAUCAGCCUAUACACUUGGGAGUACUAGCUCAAUAUUAARUGCCAAAUAAUCACAAAUUUAAAAUUACUGCAUUACUGCAAGCYGGAGCUGCAGCACCAAGGAGAAGCACAGCUGUGCACAACUACACAAGCUCUCCUGGGAACUGACUUAGGGAAUAGCAGCCWUACCUGAUCUUGGUGGUCAAAGAAAGUAUGCACACAGGUCCUYGUUCCAGCAUCCCAAACUUUUACACUUUUAUCAGAUGAACUGAAA